UCUUUAACCUGUGUCGUCAAACGGCGAGGUUUCUGAGACACAUUUGAUGCAAAAUAUUGCCGGCGUAAAUGUCAUGUGAGGACUGGGGCUCAUAUCACGGUCAUCAUUCAUGAGCGUCGGCCUAUCGUGUGAUUCAGUUGGCGAUGGAUGGCUGCACCCACAUCAUCCAAAUUUCAGGGAUCAAAGACCGAGAGACGAAAACAGUUCUUGUCAAGGGAAUUCUGAGGCUGGGUGGAAAGUACAUCAGUGGUUCGGUCUAUCAGAGUGCCAUUACCCACCUCAUAAUCCCCCAGGUUUUGUCGAGUGAGAAAUUCUUAGCGUCUUGUGCAGCAGGAAAGUGGGUGGUGAAGCCGGAAUAUGUUUUGGACAGCAUCAAGAACGGAUUGUGGCUUCCAGAGGAACAUUAUGAGAUAUCCCUUUGCAAAGACGGCUCAUCUGACUUUUACCCAUCCAGAAAAUGGAGGGAGCUAGUGGCAGAUGGAGGAAUCCGAGGUGCCUUCCAAGACUGGCAUGUUCUUCUUAUGGUGCAGGAUCCUAACCGUUGCUCUAUGUUUAAGCGUCUCUUAAACGCUGGCUGCGCAAAGGUUUAUGAUUCUUCUCCUCCUCCUCCUGCAUCCAUUACACAUGUCUUGGCCAAACCUGAAUUAAAGGACUCAAGCGUCUGCGGUAGUCCUUGCUACCCUGUCAGCUACAUUGUCCAAUACUUAUUUGGCAGCAAAUGCUUGGAUAUGAGUAUCUCCCUGCUGCAUGAUGAUGGACAAGCGGAGGGUAAUUUUCUAGAUGAUGACGACUACUCUGACGUGGAGUCAGUGCUGAAGGACUUUUCUAUUAAGCAAGAGGGACGACCGAGACUGUGCUUCCUUGAGUUUCUGGGCUAUCGUGAUCCUUACCGUUCAAAGUCACAGAUUACAGACGUUGACUUGAGAAACAUCGGCAUCAUGAUAGAAUGUGGCCUCUUCAAAGAAGCUUUGGACUCCAUCAGAAGUGAAAUGUUUUCUGGAUUCUGGCCUCCAGCACCGUAUAUGGUCUCUUUGUUGGAGUUUGCAAUGCAGGGAAACGCCUCGCUAGUAUUUCUCAACAACUUCAACCAUGUCAUGCACCGCCUUCUCAUUUCCAAUCCCCCGUGGAUCGCUCCCAACGCAAGGAAAAAGUAUUUUUCCAAAGUGCUACAGUGUCCUCAGUGUAAGGGCGGCCUGUGGCCUUUUCUGGAGUCAGUCAUCAGUUACUGUGUUUCCGGUGUGUUCACUUGUCACCAACUGCCAGAACCCACGGCACCGACGUUGUUUGACGUUCUCUCUGACCUGCUUGGAUUUGUUUUGAAACUCUUCCAAGCAGAGUUCCACGCUGUAUUCACUGGCGAUCUUUUGCAGUUGGCCGAUUCAGGAGAUUGUAAUAUUCCUGCUUCAAGCACGUUGCUCUAUGGAACUUUCUGGACUGUGUGGGAGCGUAGCACCCUGUUGUCUCGCGAAGUAAAGCGCCUCAUCCAACUCCUUUCCCUGGCUGCUGCUGAGGACAUGGCAGAAAGCAGCAAGAAACAAAGAAAACAUGUGGUGUACACUUUGCUGGACCUGCUGUCUGUGCUGGUGGAGUUCUGGUGUCAGCAACACUUCAAACUGAACCAGAAACUGGUUGCGAAGGGAUUGAAAGACCUUGCGGAGUUCUUUGCUCAAAGCAGCCAAAAGCUCUCUGACACUGUCCAGGCAGAACUGGUCGUCCAGGUUCCCUCCAGUCGGCUGAAGUUGGAACUGGGCGAUGCCGUCUUUCGGAACAUGUGCUUCAUGAAAGGGUUUACCGUGGGAGAUGAUGCCCUGACUCUCAAGAAAGUGGUGACGUCCUACCUUCCUGCUCUGGGAAGGUUAGCUCAGAGUCCCCACGGUGCUCACCACAGGAUGCGACACACCUCCCACAGCUGCACCAGCCUGGAUCCCAGCUGCGGAGGUCAAGCUGUCAUGAAUGGGUCAACUCAGCGGAAAGGACACAUCCCUAGAGGCUUGAACAAGGUCAAUGCAGCAGGAGAGACCCUCCUCCACAGAGCCUGCAAGAGGAACCAAGUGGAAACCGUGCUUCAGAUCCUGGCGCUUCCUGGCACGGACGUCAAUAUAAAAGAUCACAUGGGCUGGUCCCCUCUGCAUGAAGCGUGCAACCAUGGCAGCACAGAGUGUGUGGAGGCAUUGCUACGUCACCGGCCCAUCCCUGUUAUUAACAGUCUGGUGGAUGGAGUCAGCCCUCUGCAUGAUGCCUUGCUCAACGGGCACAUGGAUAUUGCCAAAAUGCUCCUCGAAACAGCAGGCUCCUGUCUCCUCCAGCCAACAGGCAGCGGUGGCAUUGCAGCACUCGAUCUGGUCUCAUCCGUGGACCAGCGCAGCCAGCUCCUCCACUGUGCCCAGACAGGUGACUGGAACUUGAGAGGCAACACAGUAUCCAACAAGACCCUUCUAGAAGCUGGAUCCACUCUGCUGAUGCAGAUUAUUCUGAACUACCUGCAGGAGACCGGUCUGCUCACACACCUGCAGAGUCCAGGAAACCGGUUGAUCAAGGCCCUGGGGAGACUGUCGCCACAGGAAACGGCUCUACAGUGGACUGAGCCACGAGCCGUCAGGUUGUUGGAAGACGCUCGGACAAUGUUGGAGGUCGGCCGAGGAAAGUACCUGGACCAGGUGGCUCAGGCUGUGAAAGACUUUAGAGGAGAUAAUACCGUGUUCCUGCUGGAGCUACUGGAGAACCUCAAGUCUGAGGUGGAGUCUCUGCAGGACGGCCUGUGAAAAAAACAUGUCAUUUUUAACACGUUGUUUGCUUUGACUGUGUGAUUCAUUUGUUUCAUAUUUAAACUGUCACCUAAUAAAUAAUAAAAAAGUUAU